UCUGUUGGCAAGCGCGGGCAGCAGCAGCAGCAGCAGCAGCAUGAAGGGCCCGGCCGGCGCGUCGCCGUCGGAGGUGAUCCGCGAGGGCGAGCUGGAGAAGCGCAGCGACAGCCUCUUCCAGCUGUGGAAGAAGAAGGCGGUGGUGCUGAGCAAGGACAGCCUGAGCCUCUUCUCGCCCGAGGCCGGCAAGGCCCGGGGCGGCGGGAAGGAGCUGCGCUUCGGCUCCAUCCAGAAGGUGGACUGCGUGGAGCGGACGGGCAAGUACGUGUACUUCACCAUCGUCACGACGGACCGCAAGGAGAUCGACUUUCGGUGCCCGGGCGAGAGCUGCUGGAACGCCUCCAUCACCAUGGCGCUCAUCGACUUCCAGAACAAGCGCGCCAUCGAGGACUUCAAGAGCCGCCAGGAGGCCGCCGAGCACGCGGCCGCCGCCACCCGGGACAGGCGCCUCGCGCGCGCCCCCUGAGCCGGACACGCGCGCCCCCGAGCGAGAGAGUGACCUAAGCAGACUGUACCUCUGGAUGACAAAGAAAAUCAGUUGUUUUAGACUGAACCAUUAGGACAUUAGGACACCAAUGAAGGAAAGCAAAGGAGAAUGGAGUGCCCAGCUUCUUCCCAGGUCUGAUGAGGUGCCUGAGCAAAGAGGCCAGGCUGUUCUACGAGAGGCAUUUGCAGACCAAAGACUUUUUUCAUUUUCUUUAAAAAGACUCAUAGGGCAAAGCAUGGCUGUGUGAGCAGGAUGCCUAGCUUUGCAAAAAAUGCUAUUGUUUUUCUAUUUAUGAAAUGCAAAGAAUAUUCAGCACCUGCUGAUGCAAAACCAGUUUAAAUUAUUUGUAAUAUCUAUAUUUGUAUUUAUUUUGAUAAAAUAUCCUUAAGCACAUGUUUGUCUUAAAAUUGCUUCUGGCAUUUGAAUAUGUCCAUUCCAAAUUAAAUGCUUUUUUAUUACUGU